UUUAUAUUGACACGAGAGCGAUGGCUAGUAGGUUAGUCAGGCCCUCUCUUGAUUAUAAGCAAUUUAAAUGAUUUUAUCCCGCUUCUGCGUGGUUUGUUUUACGGCAGUGGACUUGCUUUAUAAUUUUAAAUUUUAUUUCGCUCGCGUUUCAGCUCUCAGACGAUAAAAUGUUCUCAUCAUCCAGAGGCUCCGUUGAUCGAAGAUUAUCGAGCGGGAGAUAUGAUUUGCUCUGAAUGCGGUCUUGUUGUCGGAGAUCGGUAAGCUUAAAAAUAUGAUAAAAUCAAUAACUUUCGUCAUACCUACAUUUUUGUUACUCUCUAAGAGAGCCGUAGAUUCCUUAAUACUUCCUUUAUUUCUCAAAGCGAUUGAGCGAAAGGAAUGAUAGAACCUUCGCUGAUAAUGUUGAGUUAACGUGUCUUCUUAUCGGAUCAGUUUAAGAAACACUCCUACUUCGAAAUCUGUUCCUUCAUGUCGUUGCUAUUUCUUGCUUUCAUGUGUAUCUUUUUAUGUAAUCAGAAACGUUUUAGUGUUUCCUCCAAGUAAUAAAACAUCGUUGUUGUGACUAAAGUAAAACUCUGCAAAGCGGUUAAUAUCGAUUCGAGAGAAUUCCCUGCGCAUCAGCAUGUGAUCUGGUGUUAUGCUGACGUCAUCUGCUAUACAAGGAAGUUACAGCAAAUUAAAUUGAGAGAGGGAUAUUUUAUAUUGGAAUAUUGUGUUUCAAAGCAACAGAGGCUGAUACCAUUCAACCACAUCACACUGAAUCUAAAGAAUACCCCUCCCCCUUUGUUUUCCUUUAUUUCAUCAAAGCAUGCUAGCAACUUAUGCCUUGGUGAUCCUGUGCAUGUUAGCUUCUCUUAGUCAGCUGAUUUAUAGUGCAGAAAAAUAUUUAAAUGCACUGAGAUAUCAAAAAAAUCCUUCACUAUUUUAUUACAAAUUUUUCAAAAUUUGUUUGUGAUUAUGAUGAAAGUGAGGCAUCUUAUCAACAUAAUAAACUGCAUCAUUCCAUUUAUUCCAAUUGUCUCUCAUACUUUGUGGUUUUACAGGAGGUCAAAACCGUGCUUAUAACAAAGGGAUGUAUACAUUAACUAGGCUAAAAUAAUUUUAGUUUAACUAUUAUUUUGGCUUUUUUUUCUCCUUUUAUGUAGAGUGGUUGAUGUUGGCUCAGAAUGGCGAACAUUUAGUAAUGAGAAGGCUACCAGUGAUCCCUCUCGUGUUGGAGCAGCACAGGUAAGACAGCAUAUUAUAAUCACAUGAGAAUGAUAGUAGGAUGGUUUUUUGAUUGGGAAAUUACUUUUACACUAUUUGUUGCUGGUAUGCUAAAGACCAUUUUCAAAUUUGAUUGGCACAAGCAUAGCUUUUAAGCUAUAGAUCAUAAUCCACGGGAAUGGCUCAUGAUUGGACUCUUUUUUGGAGACUGCAAAGCAGCAAGAGUUCUACAUUUUGACAGGCAGUCUGUAGUUUAAUGUCUUGCAUUAUAUGUGGGUGAUGAAAAAUUAUUCAGUAUAAAGUUAGGGUUAGAAGCCAUAUUGUUAAUACAAUUGAUAUUUUGGCAAUGAGAGGGAAAGAAAUUUCAAAAGGAGCCUAUGAGAACUCCAAAUGAAAAUAAGCUAACUGCCUGAAGGGCAAGAAAAUGUAAAAGAGCAAGUCAUGAUAUGCUUUAGUUUUGCUUCUGAAUAAUUGAAAUGGUGGUACAAAUUUGCUAGACAAAUCAUGCAGCAAAGUAAAGCAAAACCAAUGCAAUAUCAGGUUUACCUUAAUCUUUAAUAAAAAUUUCUCUCAUACAUGGUAAAUUUCUAUUUUUUAGAAUCCAUUAUUAGGUGGAGGAGAUCUGUCAACAAUCAUUGAAAGAGUCCCAGUGGGAAACAGUGAAACAGAUGGAUACUCCAAAUAUCACAAUAGGGGCGGGGUGAGUUCUCUUUGAAAUUACAGGGCAAUGUUAAUUCAUCCUUGCCAUACCAUUAUCAAGGUCCAAUCAAACAGUCAUGGACUGUAGGAGCUUCAUGAUUUCACUAUGGCCUUUUAACAUCUUUUCAUUUCUUUCUUCUCCGCAUUCAUUAAACUUAGUUGACUGGUUCGGACAGAAGUCUCAUGAAUGCUUUUAGAGAAAUUGGUAUCAUGGCUGACAGGAUAAAUCUACCCAGGAAAAUAGUGGUAAGCCAUUUUUUUCAAACCAAGUCAAUCAAAUCCAUCUGUGGGGUAUUUCAAAUUAAGGUGCUGACAGUUUACCAGUAGUCCAAAAGUAAGGCCCCUAGCAUAUAAAAAUUUCACCUCCAGUAAUUCAGCUAUUAAGCAGCAGCGCAAUGGUACUUGUGGAGUGACAGGUAAUGAUGUGUAAAAGAAAAGAGCAUUAUUUUCUGUGGCUCUUCUUAUUGCCCACUCCAUUUUUCCAAGUUUAAUUUCAAGUUGCCUUCUCAUACCAUAAUACUGCCAUUUUGUCAUGGAGUGCUUGGAACGGGCUUCACAGGUUCCUUUCAAGAAAGCCAAUGAAUCAAGAGGGUAGCUUGAAAAGGUUCAAGAGUGGCUGUGACUUCCUCAUUUUCUUGAAAAUUCUUAAUUUAUCAUACUUAACAUACCUGUUAGUGCAGGCAAAUUCCAAUCAGAAGAUGAUGUUUGACCUAUAUACUGGAAAAAUUCUUUUCUCAAACUUGAGAGUUUGGAUCAAUAUCAGUAUCUGGGCAACUGCCCACCUACCCCUCCCCUAAUCCAAUAUUAACCCUAAAUUGUUAUCAAUUGACUGUUGUUGGGUUAGGGGAGGGGUAGGUGGGAAAUUGCCCACAUACUGAUAUUGAUCCAAGAGUUUUUUAAGUUCUGAUCAUUAUAUUAAGUGGCUUUUGUAGAAAGGUUUAUUUGUGUCCCAUUUGAAAUGGUUUCAUUCCUAACUCUCAAUUGAAGAAAGCAAUUUAUUGCUGAUUUCUCUUGUUCCUUAGGAUCGGGCAAAUCAAUUGUUUAAACAAGUUCAUGAACAAAAGAGUUUAAAAGGGAGAAGUAAUGAUGCCAUUGCUUCUGCUUGUUUGUACAUUGCCUGUCGACAAGAGGGUGUGCCUAGGACAUUUAAAGGUAAAACGAUUAGUCUGUAUGUAUCAGCCUGGAUUGACUAAAAUGGUUUUCUCUAACAGCAUUGAUACAUUCUCAAGCAAAAACGUCACGAGGCUUAAAGAAUUAACCUGGGAAUAUUGUUUGAUUUAACAAGUAAUAAUUAUUGUCAGAGUCAAAUGUAUAAUUAACAAGAUUUCGCUUCCUUGUGAUAUAGUGAACAUACUGAUAGCAGUCUAAAUGAUAAUUACUUUUUGUUAACUUUCCAAAUUGAAAGUAGAAGCUUAAACAAGGGACAAGGGUGUAGCUAGGGAAGUCUGGGGUGCCCGUAAUCCCCACCUCUCCCGUUUGUAAGCUUUUUUAAGCAUACAACCGCAAUAUUCAGGCGGUAAAAACUGGUGAGUACCCUCUGUUUGACACGGUGUGAUCCUCCUUUUAAAUAAUCAUAUCUACGCCCCUGUCUGUCCACACAAGUUGCUCAUUUGCUUUUUAGCGACAAAUCAAAAAUUUGUAUUCCACAGAAAUUUGCGCUAUCAGCAAAAUUUCGAAAAAGGAAAUUGGCCGUUGUUUCAAACUGAUACUUAAGGCCCUGGAGACAAGUGUGGACCUCAUAACAACAGCAGAUUUUAUGGUGAGUUUAAACACCUUGAGAACAUGGAGGAAGUCCUUCCACGUGUUUUUACUCAUAACCCUGACCUGAGAAAAGGAAAAGAAAAUUAGUUUCGAAAAAAUUGCCUUCAGAAAGGCAAGGUUAUGUAACGAACCUUGACUCACCUACCUUAGGAAACUGAAUUCUCUUUAGGAUUUCUGUCAUCCCCGUUCUCCGAGAAAUAUGUAAGACAAACCAAGUAUUGACGGAGCUGCGUUACAGUCAGUCUUUCAAAACUUCCCUCUUCCUUUUCUCUUUAUCUCCUCCUUGAAUGAGAUAGACCUCCACUCAGUUUAGUGUAAGCUCACUAAUCAGCCAAUCAACGCGCUCCUUCUGCCUAUUUAACAAUUUUUCCAUGAGCGCGUGUUGGAGAUGAGAUGGUAAAUUGGCUGUUAUCAAUCUCGUAUCCAGCAAGUGUGAAUGGAACGACAUUUUUUAUUAAAUUUCAUCAAAUCUCGAACGUUUGGAUGUUUGAAGCUUUUUUCAGCUCCGCAACAGCAUUUCAAUAUGAGAUGACUCGGUAUAUGAGCUGAUAACCAGGUUGAUUGCACCAAUCAGAACACUAGAAAUUCAAUAUUAGGAGUUGAAAAUGAAAUAAACUCUCAUAACAAACUACGGUGCACAUCCCUAGUUAAUUAAUUUUUCUCGGCUUGUGAUCUUUGCUAGUCGAGGUUUUGUUCCAAUCUUUGUCUUCCACUUGACGUACAAAAGGCUGCUACACAUAUCGCACGGAGGGCGGUUGACUUGGAUUUAGUGCCGGGGUAAGUCUUCAAUAUAACUGACUCAACGUUCGUUUAUGAUACAGAUUGAUGUUGGUAGGGAAGUAUGUAAGCUAUUUGCGCAGAAUUAUUCCCUACGCGGUUUAGAUUUCCAAAACAAGUCUUUGCGAGUGACAGAAGAGAAUAUCGUAGCGAGAAAUGAAUUUUCGAAAUUAUUCUUAGGGCUUAAAGGUAAAUGCUAAUCGAGUUCGAGAUUGAAUUCAAUUAUCUUCGUUGUCUUUUAUUUAACCCUUUACACUCUAACAUCAGUAUGUAUAUUCUCCAUACUGUUCUCUAAGAUGCCGACAUGAAAAAUUUGUCUAACAAUCAAGAACCUCUUUCGUCGGUAAUCAGUUCCUUUAUUCUCCUAACCUUAAUGUUUGAUUCAGGAGUGGUAUGGUGAGGAGAAAUUAGAUGCCAGUCAUUCUAAGGGGUUAAAGGGUUAAGAAGCUAUAUACUAUUUGCACGGAUAAACCAGUUUUUAUCUGUUAAUUCUCUACUAUUUUGAGAAAACCCUGCGGUGGUUAUGGCGUCGUUCCUAUUUUCCUAUAACCAAUUAUUUUAAUUUUCUUUUAUUUCUCUUUAGUCGAAGUCCCAUUUCAGUGGCGGCUGCUGCAAUUUACAUGGCGUCUCAAGCAUCUGAGACAAAGAAAUCACAGAAAGGUUUGAAUUCUCUAUUGUUCUUAAUAAAUGUUCAUUAAAUAUUUCUGGACUAAGCUGUACUGAAAUCUAACGAAAUUUUAGAGGUAACCUUCGAUCUGUAAGAAUCCUAUAUGCUAGGGAGUAAUAUUUACUUCACGGUAAAACGCUUUUCAACUGGAUGUCGUAAACCAAAUUGACACCAGGGGUCAAUCAGACGGAAAGAACGUAUCACAAGGGACCAAUCAGAACUUAAAUUAAAUACACGUAAGCAGCGGCAGAAGCGCGGAAAGUUGGCGAUGUCAAAGACGUCCAAUCAAAAAUUCUUCUGACAUGCAAUAUUGAUUGUUAGCCAUUUGAUUCGUGCUAAAAGUAAGUGCUAGAGGCAAAACUUUGGAAAUCAGCACAGCUUCUCUGGCAUCCUUAAACACGACACAUCGGCUCUGACAUGCUUGCGAUUACCUGACGUGAUUGCGUUUGUAUUUCCUUUGUAGAAAUCGGUGACAUCGCUGGUGUAGCGGACGUUACGAUUCGUCAAUCGUACAGACUUAUCUAUCUACGUGCAGCAGAACUUUUUCCGACUGACUUCCAUUUUGCUACUCCCGUGGACAAACUUCCGAACCUUUGAUCUUUGUGACAUCUUUCCUCCGUUUUUGAUGUUUAGAUGUUAUUUAUUUGAACAAUAAUUCUUUGGUUUGUUAACAAAACACAUAUUUGUAAAAUUUAGUCCAUUCCAUUGUUCAUGAAGUUUAGUAUUCAACAAAAAAAAAUUUACUCGUAGGAAUUGACUCGUUAUUGAACGUAGCAGUUGCUUUGGGUUACUAAAAGAAGCCACAGGCAAAGCUUGUUAAGAUCUGAGCAAUAUUUCAGGAAACGAAUUGGCUAAAUUACUAACGAAAACGGCGAUGAAUUGCGCUUCUUCCUGCAGAAUUCAUUUCAGUAAUCGAUGAAGAAUCAGUUCCAGCGUCAACGUUUAUGAGUACUGAGUUUCGACUAGACUAAUAAAAUUUUCGAACUUCUAGGAUCGAAUGAGGUUGACGCCAAAGAAAUUUGUUCUUUUAGUCAACCUUACUUCGAAUCUGUAAAAUUUUCAAAUGAAUGCUUAGGAUAUUUUCGAUUAUCCGCUUUGAAAUUGCUACCCGUUUUGUAUUGUACAGAUGAAGUGGAUCUAAAGAGAACAAGACGCCUAAAGGCGUUUCCGUGGGAUGCGUUGGCUACUGAGCGUAGCAUUAAAAGGAAUUGUGCAGUUGCAGUAAACUACCAUGAUUAGUCAGCCGAAGAAAUCAUUGUAGAAAAUUUUAGUGUUGAAGAAACCGUGACUGUUUUUGUAACUGAAAAUAGCGAAGAGUGGCAGCUCAAAAACCUUUGGAUUUUUCUGGAACAAACUGUAACUCCACCCACUGAUCUCCUCGUCUCAUCACCUGUUUCAUCCCUCCUAAUAACAACUGCUCGGUAAAAACAAUUUCCAUCUCCACUGUUGUUUAUCAAAAACGUCAGUAAGUACGUUAACAGGCUAUAUACUCUUUGGUACAAGUAAAAGACUGUACUGAGUUAUUUUCUAGCGAUUUGUCGUUAAUGUUGCGAUAUUUUGGCACCUUGGUGCGAUGUCAAUUUCGAUAUAAACCUUACGCAAGGUGAGAGGUUAAUCGGUAGAUUUAAAUACAUAUUUCAUGGUUAAUCACACAAAAACGUACGCUUCCUUCGAAAAACACAACCUAAAGUAAUGAAUAUGGAGUAAGGCAAAACAGCACACACACAAAAAAGAAAUCGUUUAAAGCAACACAACAUGUCAAAUAAAUUCAACAAUUUCCUUUAUCUAAUCAAAGAAUAUCUAUGGCCAUUUCGUACAUAAAUUACUUCAUCUCUAGAUGAAACAUGUCUGUCAAAUUGUAAUUAUUGGUUGGAGAGAUUGACCAUGAAAUAGAGGUUAGUUGUGCAUAACGAGGCAAAGAGAGGGUCAGAAUACGACAUUGACAACACAAUUUCUAUCUUAUUGUUAACUGAAAUAAAAAGUUCUUCGAACAUAAAUUGAAGGUCGUCCAGUGCACACAGAUAGGUUCCAUCAGAGAAAGCAUGCUUCA